AUGUCUUCUUCAUACUCAAGGAAGCAAUCAAGAACCGAUCGAGCGGAAAAGUCUAGCAACGGGCUUGGCGCUCAUCCAUCUCGUCUUAGUUCAGAGCAGCAUGCUGAGGGCAAACCUGAGAGACCUGAUCAAAGAGGAGGCCAGUCACCUAAGACUUCGAGCUCUAGGAAUGCACCCGCUAGAGUACCUUCUGUAACGCGGCACCAGAGCAACAAGACUAUUGAGGAGAAGCGUACGGAGAGAGUACGAAUAACUACCACCGAAAUACUCACAUCAAGAACAAAAAGCCCAGAAAGGAAAUCAGCCGGCACCACGCAACCAGAACGAUUUAGAACAGGUGAAAGUAGUCGAGGAAAUCCGGUAGAGCCACGAUUCCGUGAAAACAAGCCGGAGACACCCAGUGUGCAUUCUUGGGCACCAGAAGUUUCUAUAGUGCCUCAUACUUCGGCUCCAUUGGCAUCAAGAGUAUCGAUACCUCCCUUAGCUACUGUCGCGCCCCAAAGUCUACAACCGCGGCCCUUGUACGAACUAUCCCUGGAAUCCCAAGAGGUCUCGCUUAUAGAAGACAUUCUCCUUGUUUUCAUGGGUUACGAAGGCCAAUAUAUUCGAUACGUUAAAAGUUACAAUCCAAGCAGCGAAAAAGAUCGCCUGAUUGGACCUGAAUUCAGAAUACUACCUGGAUUAGAUCCAAGUCUUAAUGACCUAACAAUGAUGAUGUUAAAGAUGGCGACCCAUUACUGUGCCGUUGAUGCAUUCGUUGAAGUUCAAAGUCGCGAGGAGUUUGGAACAGUGAAUCAUGCCCUAUGUGCUGCUAUAAGAAAGCUUCUGCAUGAAUAUUUAAUUUUGAUAACUCAAUUAGAAACACAACUCCUCACAAGUUCCUCUUUCACUCUUCAGGUCUUAAAUCUUCAUACAUUACCAACUAGUCACAUGAUGUUCCAACUUUAUUCUCUAGCUCACGAAAUAUUAAAGCGAAAUUCUAUAUUAGAAGGUGAUGAAGAUUCUGACGAUGGUGUCGACGACAUUGAGAAUAUUCUCGAGAGCUUGCGUGAAGGCGGAGACCUGGCUCCCGGAAAUAUACCCGGAAAAAAAAUUUGCAAAGGUGGUAGCGUUCUGGGACUUAUCACCAAACGAUUAGAAACUAUGUCUGGAGACCCAGCGGCUCGCUCUCUUCUGACUUCUCUAUUGCGAGACGCGAGUCGUCCAUACAUGACAAUGCUAAAUGAGUGGCUACAUCGUGGAAGUAUCAGAGACCCCCAUUCAGAAUUUUUAGUUAGGGAGCAAAAGAGUAUAAAGCGUGAGAGACUUGAACAAGAUUAUACUGACGAGUACUGGGAAAGAAGAUACACUAUCAGAGAUAACUAUAUUCCACCUCAAUUAGAAGGUAUGAAAUAUAAAGUAUUGCUUGCUGGGAAAUAUCUCAAUGUAGUACGAGAGUGUGGAGGGGUCGAUGUGAGUAAGGCUGUAUCGGACUUUCCUAGUUCUUUUGAUGAUAACAGAUUUUUGGACAACGUCAAUAAUGCAUACGCCCAUGCAAAUGAGUCUUUGCUAAAGUUAUUACUCACUACACACGCACUACCUGCUCGAUUACGUUCCCUUAAACACUACUUUUUUUUGGACAGAUCUGACUUCUUCUCUUACUUUCUCGAGCUUGGAACUUCUGAACUUCGAAAACCGGUUAAAAAUGUCAAUACGAAUAAAUUACAGUCACUACUUGAUUUAGUUAUUAGGCAACCUGGGAGUGUUGCGGCUCAAGAUCCAUUUAAAGAAGACAUUAAGGUCGAAAUGAAUGAAAUUAGUUUAACCAACUCUCUUACCCGAGUAGUCAACAUCUCUGGGAUAGAGCAAGGCGAAACAAUUCAAGCACCAGCUUCUCAGCAAAAUAACGAGAGUGAUAAAAAUGCAGUCGGAUUUACUUCACUUCAGCUCGACUACUCAGUGCCUUUUCCAGUUUCUUUAGUGAUAAGUAGAAAGACAGUAUGGAGGUAUCAAGCUCUAUUUCGGUACUUACUUUCACUACGAUACCUAGAGCAACAGCUAGUUUCUUGUUGGCAGACCCAUAAUCGAUCAACAAUAUGGUCGCAUAGAAGCUCCUGUGGCCCGGUUGAAGUAUGGAAAAGGCGUAUUUUCACCUUACGAGCUCGAAUGCUCGUUUUCGUUCAACAAUUGCUAUACUUCUGUACUUCUGAAGUGAUUGAACCCAACUGGAAUAUUUUGAUGGCACGAUUAAAUGCAAAAGAGGAUUGUAAGGGUGGAAUAUCGUCUGUCCGUACUGUAGAUGAACUUAUGCAGGAUCAUGUUGAUUUCCUUGAUACAUGCUUAAAGGAGUGUAUGCUGACAAAUAGUAGAUUAUUGAGGAUUCAUUCUAAGCUAAUGCAGACAUGUACCUUCUUUGCUACUUAUACUGGCUGGUUAUCGCGAGAGCUUGAGAGAAUUGAUCCAGACUUGUCGGGUGCCGGAAAACCUUCGCGUAUGAACCAGCAGCAAUGGUCCCGACUCCUAGCCGAUAGAAAGCACGGAAACGAUUCAACAACCUCGGGCUCCACAUCUGCGAAUACAGGCGAGGCACGACUUGACAAGAUGUAUGAGAUAAUCAAAAAGUAUGAAGUUAAUUUCAGCCGACAUUUGCAAAUCUUACUUGAUGCUCUGAACCACUAUGCAGCAACAGAAACAGUAGUCCUCCUAGGUUUAUGUGCAAGAUUAAGUACUGCAAAUCAAGGGACGCAGUAUUGUGGCCCACGCGUUGAUGACGAUUGCGCACAACAAAUAUGA